GUCGCAACAACUCGAUUAUAGCGAUCUCGAGGAAAAAAGCAAAAUAGCUUGGCCACGGCAACUUCGGCUCUCCAAGAAUCAAUCACAGGGAAAUCCAGGUCUGCGUCUGCGAAAUACUUAUAAAAAUCGUUGACUCUUCGUCGCUUCCUUCAAGCUAAAUCAAGUGAAAUCUCAAGAUCUCUUGGGUUGCGACGAUCGGGGUUCUAGCCAUCAUCAUGAAUUUGUCCAGUCGUCUUUUUCUGUUGUUAGCCCUGGGAUACCUAUUCGUUGGGAUCCAGGGUAGAAUGGUGGUUGGAUAUCGCACAGCCGCCGAGGGAGAAGCUGUGCAAAUCAAUGAGAAGAACACGCCCUUCAGAGACCCGGCUUUUGACAACUUGCCAGGCGGCAGUCAAAUCGGAAGUGGGAUAUACCUAGGCUCCGAACCUGCGGGAUGGCGAGGCUCUCCGAUCAAGAAGAACUGGUACUGCGUAUUCAAAGCAGACGAAGCCCGCUUCAACGCAGCUGCCAAAGUCUGGAUCCCUCAAUUCUACACAAGCAAGAGCUUCUGGGGAAGCUCAAAGUCUAAGGAGCUUUGGGGCUAUGGCGAGAAGCUAAUUGCCAAGUAUAUCGCCAAGUUCGGCUCGAGUGCUAGUUCAACGCUUCGCUUCUCGUACAUUGAGGCACAUGGGCGUACCCUACAAAUGGUCAUUCCCACGAAAAUGGCGAACGCAGACACUCUAGACAUUUGCGCCAAGUGCUUUGCAACCAAGUCAGAAUUGAUUGCCUAUGAAAGCGAAUCCGUCAACUUCUGGGAUUGGACCAUCAAGGGAGACCCUGGAAAGCCUGGCUAA